GAGGUGAGCAACAGUUUGAAGAAGAGGGACAUUGAGUUUGAGGCACGGCAGUUCCUCAAGUCCCAAAAGACCAGGCCUCCUAUGUUCAGAGAUCCCAGCAUCAUCAGUUUGGCUCAGGAGUUCUCCAGCAUCCUGAAGGAGCAGCAGCAGCAGCUCAUCACCUCCAAACACCUGGGCCCACCAGAGGUGGUGCUGGAGGUGGUGCCUAAGGUCCUUCAGGGCUUCUGGCUGCCUCCUGAAGACACCUGCCUGAACAUGCCGUCCCAGCACCUCAGUGUUCUGGCUGUUAGCCUGACCAAAGCAGUUGAGGACAAGGUCUCCAAACUUCUGCCCUCACUGCUCCUUGAAGUCAGCUUCACCCGCUCCACCAGGGACAAACUGGUCCAGUUGAUCCAGGACAGUGUUAGACGGAGCUUCCCUCCCCCCGUCCUGAUGGAGAAGAUCAGCUGCUUUGCAGUAGAUCUGAUGAAGUCCAUCAUCACAAUCGCAUCAAAUAAAAUUUGUGAGCUGUUUCAGCCACGGAUUUCAACAAAGGAGCCAAACACUGUUGCUGAAGAGGUGAAGCAGGAGCCUCAUCAAGAGUCAGCAUUCACUCCUCCACCACCAGCUCCUCCUGUGACUCCUCCUGCUGAGCCUGCUGUGGUCCUGGGUGAUGAGGGUCUCUCUCAAGUACCCACCAUCCCACCAGAUGCUGUGACUCCUCCUGCUGUCACCAGUACAAAGCAGAAGAACAUGGACCUCAAGGCCAAGACACAAAAGUUUAAAAAGUCUAAAAAGGCUCGGCUGAGUCCGUCCCUUCACUCACUGGUGAAGGAAAAAUCUCUGCUGCUCUUUUCUUACUAA